GACAGCUUGGAUCCGUUAUAAGUAGUUGCCAGUAAACCGGUCAGAGCCGGCCGUGGACAGUCGAGUCGGCAAGCUGGUCGUGAUUUGGAGCAAGUUUGGUUUCAGAACAGAACAGGGUCCGACUUGUGGGAACUUUACGAGAUACAGCAGGCGACUUCAGAACAAGCAACAUGCCGGGAACAGGGCUGUUGCUGUCCGCUUUUGUGGUGUUCGUCGCAAUCCGCGGAACUUUUGGAACUCCCCCACCCCUGCCGACUAACUGCAACCAUGAGGGGCAACUCUACCCCACAGAGUCUGUUAUACAGGAGCCAGCCUGCGGGGUGACAGGAUUAUAUUGUACCAUGUUUGGUCAGGUCGUGGCCAUGCCUGGCGUAACCGGAUGUUGCGAAUACGACGGGCAAUACUACGAAGACGGGGAGACCGUCACCAGACCUGACGGCGUGGUCUGUUACUGUGAGGGGGUGAAACUGGUGAACCUGUCCCUGGAGGUCACCCUUUUAAUAUCUCUUGCAGAAACGACCGUACCGCCGCCAGAGCCGACCCCUGCGCCAGAGCCGACCCCUCCGCAGCCACCCCCAGGCCCUCCCGGCGGCUGUUGGUUCGAGGGGCAGUUCUAUCCUGCAGGAGCGAUGAUGAGAGAGCCAGGCUGCUUCAGGUCAGGUGUAGUUUGCGCGGACGAAUGGGGAGGGACCCUUAUCUUGGACCAAUUUGGAUAUGGAUGUUGCGAGUAUGAUGGACAAUACUACGUAGACGGGGAGACCCUCACCAGAUCUGACGGUGUGGUCUGCUACUGUGUGGGGAGUACAGUGGACUGGGAGGCCGCCCCUAUGAUCUGCCGAGCUUGCUCCGUCGAUGUUGUUUUCGUCGUUGACGACUCUUCCAGCAUCACUUCGAGCAUGGUCGCCAAACAGUACAUGAAAUACUUCCUCCAGUGUUUCAACCAAGACGCCUGGGUAUAUGUUGGAGUCAUCCUUUUCAACUGCGUACCGAGGACGGCCAUUCCUCUGGGUGACUACAACGUGAGUGACCCCGCACUACCCGGACACAUCGACAUGUUGAUGAAAGAAGGAGGCCUCAGUCGAAUCGGGGUGGCGAUCAGCUACAUGGCACAUACGUCCAAUUUCCGUAACGGGGCCCACCGAGUAGCAGUGGUCCUGACCGAUGGAUAUGCCGAUGGAAAUGGACACGAAUCUACAAUGGAUGACUACGCCGCUCAGGCUGACGCGGCCAGGGACGCAGGGAUCACCAUGUACAGUGUGGGGAUCGGAGGCCAGGUGAACAGCGCCGCGCUCCAGGCCAUCGGCGGCGGCCCAGGUAACGUGUUCGGCACCGGCUAUCCGUGCGAGCUCGCCAACCGUAUACUGCAGGAGCUGUGUGGCUUUGAUACUGACGAGCCACCGACAACUACUCCACAACCACCUCCACCGACGACGACGACACCCAUCCCUCCCGGCUGUGAGUACGGGGGACAGUUCUAUCCUCCGGGGACGACCAUAGAGGAGGUCCCAGGUUGUAUGGGAUACGUUGUAUUAUGUGACCAAAACGGCCAGAUACUGAUCGGGGACAACUUUGGAUUCAAUUGUUGCGAAUAUAACGGACAAUACUACGAAGACGGGGAGACCGUCACCAGACCUGACGGAGUGGUCUGUCACUGUGAGGGGAGCGACAAUGCUGAAGCGGCUCCUAUGACCUGCCCAACUACGACACCACCGCCUCCUCCAUCUACAACCACCCCACUCCCUCCCGGCUGUGAGUACGGGGGACAGUUUUAUCCACCGGGAACGACAAUAGAGAACGUCCCAGGGUGCAUGGGACACGGUGUAGUUUGUGACCAAGACGGCCAGAUCCUGGUCUGGGACAACUUCGGAUACAACUGUUGUGAGUACAAUGGACAAUACUACGAAGACGGUGAGACCGUCACCAUGUCUAACGGCGUAGUCUGUUACUGUGAGGGCAGCGAAACUGGUGAACCCGCUCCUAUGAUCUGCCCAGAGCCACCUACCACCAUCCCUCCCGGCUGUGAGUACCAGGGACAGUUCUAUCCUCCAGGAGCGACAAUAGAGGAGGUCCCAGGUUGUAAUGGACACGUUGUAUAUUGUGACCAAGACGGCCAGAUCCAGUUCUUGGACUUCUUCGGAUAUAAUUGUUGUGAAUACAAUGGACAACUCUACGAAGACGGUGAGACCGUCACCAGACCUGACGGAGUGGUCUGUCACUGUGAGGGGAGCGACAAUUCUGAAGCCGCUCCCAUGAUCUGCCCAACUACUACAACAACACCCCUGCCCCCGACAACCAUCCCUCCUGGCUGUGAGUACGGGGGACAGUUUUAUCCUCCGGAUACGACAAUAGAGGAGGUCCCAGGCUGUAUGGGACACGGUGUAUAUUGUGACUACGGCGGCCAGCUCCUGGUCUGGGACAACUUUGGAUACAACUGUUGCGAGUACGACGAACAAUACUACGAAGACGGUGAGACCGUCACCAGACCUGACGGCGUGGUCUGUUACUGUGAGGGGAGUGACAAUGCUGAAGCGGCUCCUAUGAUCUGCCCAAGUUGCGAAUACCGUGGAGAGUGCUACGAAAGAGGGCAGACCAUGGUCCGAGAUGACGGGGUGAUGUGCCGCUGCGAGGGAAGCGCUGACGUGGCUCCUGCACCUAUGAUCUGCGACGGUAAGACCGACCUACCCCCGCCCCCGCCAGCGCCCCAGCCUCCUGACUGUGAGUACAUGGGAGAGUACUACCCGCCCGAUACGGUCAUCCAGGAGCCAGGCUGUAUGAGGCCAAUGGUCGGGUGCGACCCGUGGGGAGUUCUCUACAGCUACGACAGUUUUGGACAAGGAUGUUGCCAGUAUAACGGACAAUACUACGAAGACGGAGACACCUUCACCAGAGAGGACGGUGUGGUCUGCCACUGUGUGGGGAGCGAAACUGGGUACCCAGCCCCGAUGAUCUGCCCAGAACCGACGGACCCACCCCCUCCCCCUCUCCCACCGUACGGCUGUAUGUAUGGAGAACAGGUGUUCCUUCCUGGAGAAACCAUCUACGAGAAACCGGGCUGUAUGGGGGGCCGCGCGCUGUGUAGCGAGAACAGUCAAAUCAUCUACGAAGACUACUUUGGAUACGGAUGCUGUCUACACAAUGAUGUGUACUACGAGAACGGAGCAACCUUUACUGAAGACGGUUUGCUCUGCCGCUGUGAGGGCAGCCAGACUGCAAAACCCGCGCCUGUCAUCUGCGAAGAACAAGUGAUGAUGAAGACCUACAGAGUGCGUAAAGGAAACCAUCAGAUGCUGCAGAUGUUGCUGUUCUGUUGGCUGGGACUUUUGCCAGGAUGUUUAACGUUGGCAGCUGCUGACGGUGCGGAUCAUACUAACGUUCCAUCUCUUUCUGCCAAAAACGGUACCAAAAAUUCUGCAAACGACCACGGCAAUAUUUCAGGCUGUUUGAGACUUUCAGCGAAGACCAAUGAAACUACUAUUUCAGACGUCACAAGCCUUGAAGAAGAGAGUGAACUUGAAAGAAACAACUUUCACCAGGUUAAAGCACUCAUAAUGUCAUCUUCAAACUUGGACCAAUCUGUUGUUCCUCCUCCGUACGGUUUUGGGACGGCCAACUUUCUAUUAGCUACAGCUGCUAUCGUCCCAAUAUUGGGACUUCUUUUCAUUCUAUAUCCUUGUAUAAGAAGUGUUCUUAUGGACACUCCUUUCUGUAAGAAGCGGUUGAUGAAUAAAAGAUUAAGAAGCUCUCGACUGACCCUCGCUAGUGAUGCGAAUGACAGCAGUGAUGAUGAGAUAUUCGGACUGUCUGACGGAGAAAAGAACACAAGAGGUGCACAAGAAGUGAUGACGGUGUCGUGCAUGACCACAAAGAACGGUGACGUAGAGGAACAGGUGGUUUUGGAGGAUGAUGAGCAACUUCAAGAAAAGAAUGUUGCGAUGUUGUCCAACGAGGGACACACGGAAAAUUCGGACGGGCAAGAAACUAAUGAAAUCACAGAGAAAAACAAAAUGACGACUCUCUCUCGUCAAGACUUCACCUUCGAAAUCUAA